GGAAAUUUGAAUAUAAAAAACUUGAUAAUCUCAUUGAAUUUGUUCAUUCUCUCGCGAUCAGUGGACAGAUCAAGUUUAAAAAAAAUACAAAUUAUCAAAUAUUUAAAAAUGAUUAGACUUAAGAGUUCAAUUUUAAUAGGAAUUAUAGUGAUAAUAUUUAAUCAGAAUGUGUCGUGUGGUGAAGAUGGAUUCUUUACAGUUGUUGGAAGUAACUUAUUAAAAUAUCAAAAGUCAUAUAGAGUGUCAGUGGCAUAUCAAGGAUAUAAAGACGAUAAAAUACUCCAAAUUGGUGUUAAAAAUACUGACAAAAAUACAGUGAAAUAUGAAAAUUUACAAAAUGUCACCUUAUCAGGCGAAGGCGUUCAAAAUGUUGAUUUUGAUUUGAAGAGUCAAACAGAAGGCGAUUACGUAAUUGAGGUCAAAAGUGUGACAGGCGAUAAAUUUGAGUCAUUCAAGAAGCUUCACAUGAACACAAAAAGAUUCUCGGUUUUUAUUCAAACUGACAAGAGUGUCUAUAAGCCCAAAGAUAAUGUAAAGUUCAGGAUUAUGGUGUUGGAUGCUGAGACAAGACCGUUUGAAUUUGAGAGCAUUGAUGUCUAUGUCACUGACGGUGGAGACAAUCGAGUCAAGCAGUAUGAAAAUGUCAAGAAUAAGUUCAUCAAAGGAGUCUUUCAAAAUGAAUUGCAGCUUUCAGACCAGCCAGUUAUGGGAACAUGGAAGAUCCAUGUUAAAGUCAAUGGCGAUGAUGACACAGUCAAGAGCUUCGAUGUCGAUGAAUAUGUCCUGCCCACCUUUGAAGUCUCAAUUGAUGCUAAUCCUGAUGCAAACUUUAAAGACGGAGUCAUUCGAGCCACAGUCAAGGCUAAGUACACAUUCGGAAAGAUUGCUAAAGGAAAUGCAACAGUGACAGCUGAAGUAAGUAUCCCACAUUGGGGAUAUAGACCUUGGAGCAGGAACGGCCAAAGCAACAACAAAAAAGUAUCAAAAACAGUCGAAGUUGAUGGUAAAAAAUUCGUUGAAUUUGAUGUCGUUAAGGAACUAGAAAUGAAAGAGAGCAGCUACUAUCGAAAAGUCAAGCUCUUCGCAACAUUCACAGAGCAGCUCAGCGGAAAAGAAGCAAAUGCAUCAACAACUGUCGAAGUCCAUAAGACACCCCAUAAAAUGGAUUUAUCAAAGAGUGCUGAAAAAAUCAAGCCUGGACUUCCAUUUAAAAUCACAGCAGACAUCAGAUUCCACGACAAAAACACACCAGUCAGUGACAAGUUCAAUCCAGUCAACUUUACAGUCAGUUACUUUUAUGAUGCCCCAAGAAUGUGCAAGAGAAGGAUCUGGCAACCGUAUUAUACAACUUAUGAGGAAAUCACACCAAUUGCUAUUGCUUUAGAUGCAGACAUGGCUGAUGGACCUGACACAGGAGUAUCCUCAGACUCAGCAGUAUCAACAGAUGCCAUAGCUGAACAACCAACAACAACAGAGCCUCAAACAACUACAGAUCCAACAACAACAAUGAUUCCUGAAACAACGACACGAGAGGUCAAAUACGAGGAAUAUGAAUGUCGUGAGGAGAAAUCCUACGACAAGCAAAUUGAAGUUUUUAUCAAGAAUGGAAUCGCCGAGAUUGACAUUGAAAUUCCAUCAAAUACAACUCAUAUACGUGUUAAGGCACAAUACUUGUCAAAUGAAGAGUCAUUGUAUUACAUCUCAAAGGCUGACUCAGAAAGCAAUGAGUUCAUUCAAGCAAAGCUAACGACUGGACGACCAUCACUAAGCGACACAAUCACAAUUCAAGUUCUCGCAACAUCAGAAAUCUCUCAACUUACCUACGACGUCAUUGCUAGAGGCAACUUAGUCGACACAAAAGUCGUAAAAUUUGACCCAACUAAGGAAUACAGCCUCAAUAUCAAACCGCAAAUGUUAAUGCUUCCAAAAGCUCAAAUUGUGAUUUAUUACAUCACUAAAAAUGGUGAAAUUGUGUCCGAUAAAGUUGAAGUUGAGUUUGGAAAUGAAUUGACAAAUUACGUCAACCUCAAGUUAUCAACAGAACAAGCCAAACCAGGUGACAACCUGACUAUCUCAGUCAGAAGCAAUCCAAACUCUUUUGUUGGACUCUUGGGAGUCGAUCAAAGUGUGUUAUUGUUAAAGAAAGGAAAUGACAUUGAGCAAGAGACAGUUUUCAGUGAACUUAAAGCUUAUGGGGAUGUUGACAAGUGGAACUACGAAUGGUAUGAGAACUAUGAUUAUAAUCAGCGGUAUGGAGACUUUGAUUCAUCGGAUGCAUUUAUAAUUACUAAUGCUAAGAAGCCAUUUGAGGCCCCUUACCUGCCAUAUUACUACGACGAAGACUUCCUAAGCAUCCGAGAUGGAGGACCAGUUUACUAUGCAAUGCCAAUGCCAGCAUCACUUGCAUCUGAUAGUUUUGACUCAGCACCUAUGCCUGAGAGAGCACCAAUCUUAACAACAACAGCAUCAUUUUCAGGAAUGGGUAUGGCUGGACCACCAGGAGCAAAACCUCAAGCAGCAUUGAACAGAGGUGGCUCAACACCAGAACCAAAACCGAUCGAAAUUCGUAAAGAAUUCCCUGAAACUUGGCUUUUUGAUAGUCUUGAGUUUGAUUCUAGCGACAAACAAACCCUCACCAAGAAAGUUCCAGACACAAUCACAUCCUGGGUCAUCACAGCAUUCUCACUCGAUCCACUCACAGGCUUGGGUUUAACUAAACAAGCAUCAAAGCUUAAUGUCUUCCAGCCAUUCUUUGUCUCUACAAACCUUCCAUACUCAAUUAAGCGCGGUGAAGUUGUUUCAAUUCCAAUCAUUGUCUUCAACUAUUUGGAAACUGAUCAAGACACAGUUGUGACUUUAUUCAAUAAUGACCGUGACUUUGAGUUUGUGGAAGUUAAUGACGAUGAGAAUGCAGUCAAGAGAUCCAAACGUGGACUGGAAAUGGAAAGAAAGAAGGAAAUCAAGGUUAAGUCAAAUGAAGGAGUCUCAAUUCCAUUCAUGAUCCGGCCACUCAAGGCUGGACACAUCACAAUUAAAGUUACUGCUGAAUCAAAGAUGGCUGGUGAUGGACUUGAGAAGCAGUUGAAGGUUGAGCCUGAGGGAGUUCCACAGUACCUUAAUGAAGCUGUUUUGAUUGACUUGAGAAGUGAGAAGGAGUUCAAGAAGACAAUUGAAAUUGUUGUUCCACCAGAAGCUGUUGCUGACUCAACUAGGAUUGAGGCUUCUGCUAUUGGUGACAUUUUGGGACCAUCAAUUGAGAACUUGGAUAAGUUGAUUAAACUCCCUUACGGCUGCGGUGAACAGAACAUGCUUAACUUCGUCCCCAACAUCGUUGUCCUCGACUACCUCACAAACCUCAAAAAACUCAAUCCACAAAUUGAAGAGAAAGCCAAAAAGUACAUGGAAGUUGGAUACCAAAAGGAACUGACCUAUAAACAUGACGAUGGUUCCUACAGUGCAUUUGGCAAGAGUGACAAGUCUGGUUCCACUUGGUUGACUGCAUUUGUAGCUAAGUCGUUCAAUCAAGCUGCAAAAUACAUUAAUAUUGAUGAAGCUGUUAUUGAGAAUGCCUUAGACUUCUUAAGCGCUGUACAGACUGAAAAUGGAAGCUUCCCAGAAGUUGGACAUGUCUCACAUCAAGCUAUGCAGGGUGGAUCAUCAAAGGGCAUAGCUUUGACUGCCUACACAUUGAUUACAUUCCUAGAAGCUAAAGAUCAUAAUGAAAAAUACAAGGAAGUGAUUAACAAGGCAUUGGACUAUGUUAUUGAGAAUUUAGACCAACUUAAUGACACUUAUUCACUUGCCAUAGCCAACUAUGCUUUGCAGCUUAACAAACAUGAACAGAAGGACAUGCUGUUGGCUAAAUUGAAUGCAAAGGCUGAGAAUAAGGAUGGCAUGAAGUACUGGAAGAAGGAUGAAGUAGAGGAAGACACAAAACCUUGGUAUUACCGACCAAACUCAGUCAAUGUUGAGAUGUCUGCCUACGCAUUACAAGCAUUCAUCCUUGCUGACAAAGACAACGAAGCUGUUCCAAUCAUGAAGUGGCUUGUGACACAAAGAAAUGAAAAUGGUGGAUUUCAGUCAACACAAGACACAGUCGUUGGUCUUCAAGCUUUAUCAAAAUUGGCAACUAAGAUUCAUGUUGCUGACUCUGAUCUCCAGAUUGUUGUUAAGCCUGAUCAUGCCAGCGGUGCAACCAUCAAUGUCAAUUCCGCAAACUCAUUAAUCCUCCAAAAGCAUGAACUUCCAUCAAGUGCUCGUCAUUUUGAGGUUACAGCAACUGGCAAAGGCUUCAGCAUCCUUCAAAUUUCCUACAAAUACAAUCUCGAUAAUUCUGGAAAGUUUCCACGAUUUGUACUUAAUCCAAAGGUUGAUGAUAGUUCCAAUAAGGAAUAUUUGGACUUGCAUGUCUGCACAAACUUUGUUCCUGACUCACAGACUCAAAGAUCUAAUAUGGCUGUCAUGGAGGUGUCUCUGCCUAGUGGAUUUACAUUUGAUAAUGAUCAGAUGGAAGCGCUGAUGCUUACUGAGAAUGUUAAGAAAGUGGAAACAAAGGACGGAGACACAGUCAUAAUGGUCUACUUUGAUGACAUCGGAGAUAGUCAAAUAUGUCCAGAAUUUAAAGCGUACCGAACACAUGCAGUUGCUAAGCAAAAGCCAGCACCAAUCAUCAUUUAUGACUACUAUGAUAAUUCUCGUCAUGCUCGCUCAUUCUACAACCCACCAGAAAUCUCAUUGUGUGACAUUUGUGAAGGCGCUGAUGAGUGCAUGAAGGCUUGUGAAGUUCCAAUUGUUGAGAUUGUUUAAUUUGCAUUUUUUUGAGGAUUUAUGUGAUUUUUGUACAAAAAAAAGUUCAGAUAAAUUUUGAAGAAAUAAAUUUAGAAAUAUAUUAA